AUGUCCGGUGAAGAGGUUGCUGCUACCUUCAAGAUGGUCCUCUGCGGUGACGGUGGUACCGGUACGCAUACUCAAUGCUCCUCGCAAGGUACGUCACACGAGAGGGGCGAUUUGUUGGUGGAGCAUUCACUGAUCCUCGCUCAGACCACCUUCGUCAAGCGCCACCUUACUGGCGAGUUCGAGAAGAAGUACAUUGCCACCCUUGGUGUCGAGGUCCACCCUCUGAAAUUCCACACCUCUUACGGCACCAUCUGCUUCAACGUCUGGGACACUGCCGGCCAGGAGAAGUUCGGUGGUCUCCGUGACGGCUACUACAUCCAGGGCCAGUGUGGUAUCAUCAUGUUCGACGUUACCUCGCGUAUCACCUACAAGAACGUCCCCAACUGGCACCGUGACCUCGAGCGUGUCUGCGAGAACAUCCCCAUUGUUCUCUGCGGCAACAAGGUCGACGUCAAGGAGCGCAAGGUCAAGACUGGCAACGUCACCUUCCACCGCAAGAAGAACCUCCAGUACUUCGAGAUCUCGGCCAAGUCGAACUACAACUUCGAGAAGCCCUUCCUUUGGCUCGCCCGCAAGCUCGUCGGCAACCAGUCGCUCGAGUUCGUUGCCGCCCCUGCCCUCGCCCCCCCUGAGGUCGAGGUUGACCCCGCCCUCAUGGCCAAGUACCAGGCGGAGCUCGACACUGCCCUCAACGCACCCCUCCCCGAUGAGGACGACGCCGACCUCUAGAGUGGAGGAGAUAUGUACGGGGCUCGGCAACCGUUCCAUAGUCUGUAGUUCAUGAGCCGAGUCAUGAAUCUCUGCAUGUUAUGUGAUCUA